AUGCAGAUGCUCACAGUAGGAUUUGUCGCGCUGUUUGCGAGAUCUGCCACAUCAUGGCCUUACGACGAGUCUCUCCUUGAAUACAACGUCAACUACAACAAGUCCGCGACGAACCCAGCUGAUUACUGGGGAGAAUGGCCAAACCACCAGGGUGACUACUUUCCGUCUCCAGACAACUGGCGGUUUCCAUUCUAUACUCUAUUUAUGGACCGAUUCGUUAAUGGUGAUCCGACAAAUGACAAUAUCAACGGAACUCAGUUCGAGCAUGAUCUUAGUUCAAAUCAAAUGCGGCAUGGUGGUGAUGUGGCUGGGCUGCUCGAUACUUUAGAUUAUAUUCAGGGAAUGGGGAUCAAGGGCAUUUAUCUUGCUGGUUCAUCAGGAUCGGCUGGUACGAUCCUGAUGAACCAGCCUUGGGCCGCCGAUGGAUAUUCAACGCUUGACACUACGCUUCUCGACCAACACUUUGGGACCAUCGAAACUUGGCGCAGUGCCAUUACCGAGAUCCACAGGCGUGGAAUGUAUGUCGUUCUGGACAAUACAAUCGCUACUCUAAGCGACCUUAUCGGUUUCGAAGGACAUCUCAACACGUCGACUCCGUUUUCUGAGAAGGAAUAUAAAGCAUUGUGGAAAUCAGGCCGCCGAUAUGCGGAUUUUGACUUUGGAAACGACUAUAAUGAUACCUGUGACUAUCCUCGCUUGUAUUACGAAAAUGGUUACCCAGUCAAUCAGUCCUUUAUCUCCGGCCUGGUCGGAUGCUAUAAUAGCGACUUUGAUCAAUACGGAGAUAUCGAGGCCUUUGGGGUGCACCCCGACUGGCAACGACAGCUGGCCAAGUUCGCCUCGGUUCAGGAUCGCCUGAGGGAGUGGCACCCUUCUGUACGACAACGCCUGAUUCGUCACUCGUGCAUGAUAAUUGCUUCGCUUGAUAUUGACGGCUUUCGGUAUGACAAAGCUACCCAGGCUACAGUCGACGCGCUUGCAGACAUGUCCUCAGCUUAUCGAGAGUGUGCACGCAAGGUAGGAAAGGAGAACUUUUUUAUCGCCGGUGAAAUUACUGGUGGUAAUACAUUUGGUUCUAUCUAUCUUGGGCGUGGUCGUCAGCCUAAUCAGAAGGUGAAUGACAUUAUGGAGGCCAUGAAUAUGACAAAUACUUCAGACCCACAAUACUUUAUUCGGGAGGUUGGUCGGGCGGCUAUAGAUGCUGCCGCAUUCCACUACUCAAUAUACCGCGGUUUGACGCGGUUUCUGGGUAUGGAUGGUCAGCUCGAUGCUGGAUUUGAUGUGCCUGUCGACUCGGUCGAGGCAUGGAAUCAAAUCAUCUCGACGAAUGAUAUGAUUAAUGCCAAUACUGGUAAAUUCGAUCCCAGACAUAUGUUUGGCGCGACUAAUCAAGAUGUCUUUCGGUGGCCAGCCAUCCUGUACGGCGUCGAACGGCAACUACUGGGUGGUUUUAUCACCAUAUUAACGCUACCGGGUAUUCCUCUUCUCCUCUGGGGUGAAGAGCAAGCAUUUUACAUUCUAGAUGCAACUGCCAAGAACUAUAUCUAUGGACGACAGGCAAUGUCACCUGCGACUGCUUGGAAAAUGCAUGGAUGUUUUAGGGUAGAUCCAUCCCAAUACUACCAAUGGCCCAUUGAGGCCGGUCGUCAGGGCUGCCAUGAUGAGUCUGCUGCCUACGAUCAUCGCGAUCCGUCUCACCCAGUACGCAAUAUCCUCAAACACAUGUAUCAGAUGCGCCAGGAGUACCCUAUGCUCAACGACGGCUACUUGCUUGAGACUCUGUCAAAACAAACCGAACCUAUCCUCUACCCCGGUUCUAAUCACACUGCCACGGAGACAGGCAUGUGGUCAGUACGCCGUGAUCUCAACCCAUAUUUGCAAGACUUUGGCUCUGCCGAGAAGAACCAGAUGAUCUGGUUGGUAUAUUCGAACAGGAACAGCACUUACUCCUAUAAAUUCGACUGUGCCGACAAAGACAAAGCCCUCAUCGCCCCUUUCAACGCUAGAACGACCGUCAAGAACCUCUUCUACCCUUACGACGAGCUAACGCUGGAGGCCAGCCCAGUGAAACGCGGCUUCAAUGGGUCCACUGAGUUCAAUGGCUGCUAUGCAAAUCUGACGAUGGACCGGUAUGAGUUCCGUUCCUAUGUUCCUAAGAAGGUAUUCAAGAUGCCACGCCCUAUGAUCACUAAGUUUCGACCUGGUAACUAUGAAAAUGCUGGACACAACUCACCCCUACGUUCGACCGUGGCACCAGAUGCGUCGGAGAUAGUUCCCGUCCUGGUGCAGUUCUCGCAAGAGAUGGAUUGCGAUGGUGUGACCAAGGCAAUUUCUCUGAACUCGUCGACGGAGAUGGGAAAGACGCCAUCGAUUGAUACCAGCUCCGUUCAUUGUUCAAUAAUCCCAGAAGUCAAGGGCACUCUUACUGGUCAGAUCCCCGGGGUUUGGCAGUGGACUGCCGACCUGACUGGUGUAUACAACGGUAUCCAUAGAGUCACCAUAAACAAUGCCACCAGCAAGGAUGGCGACUCAUUCACAAACGCAGUGGACCAUUUCUUGUUCCGAAUCGGUCAAAUCGAUAACCCCAUGGUCUUUACCUCGGCCAAUUACUCCAGUAGUCUCUUACACAAGGAUGCGAACGGCACUCUGUUCAUCCAGCACCACGCCGCUGGCGCUGAUAAAUAUCGCUACUCUACCAACUGGGGAACGUCAUUUUCAGACUGGAAAGACUACAAAGGCGGUAAUGAUACCAUUCAAAUGCUUGAAUGGUCUGGCACCAAGAAGCAGAAAUGGGAUGGCCAUCACGUCCGUGUCGAGUACUGGAGCCGCUGGACCGGUAGUAGCGAUUACGUGCAGGAAGGCGACUCUGGCUGGCAAUCUAAGGUCCCGCGACGCUUCCCUCAUAUUUUCUUCAACGGGCCUUACAACCAGUACGGCUAUGAUGCUGGUUUGGACAAUGAGGUCAAGCUGGAUACAACGGACGGAUUCUGGAAGUACCACUUCACCUCAGAAUGGCCGGCAGUCGGUCAGCUCAAUGUUUGGGGCAUGAAUCCUGAUGGGAAACCCGACCAGAGCUGGGUUCUAGGUGAUGUCGAUGGCGACAAGAUCCUUGACCGAAUGCCGCCUUCGUCUCUUUCGGCCACCCUGUUAAACAUCACUGAACAUCCGCCUUCCCCGUAUCUCGCUUGGACGUUUUACAUCAAUGAUGGCACAUUGGGCUAUCAGCUUAUUCCGGUCGGUAACCAGAGCGUUCAGAUUGCCCUCUUCGUUCUCUUUUGGAUCGUCCCCAUUAUUACUGCCUCAGCCUGCGUCUACAUCUUCAUAAAGUCGUUCUACAAGGUCAAGUUCAACCAGGUCGGUGUCAGCGAAACGCACACGCUAAUUCCACUGGCCCUCCGUCGCAAGAUUAAGCAGAUUCGCACGGGCAAGGGAGGAUUUGGCUUUAUGCAGAGCACCACUGCCCUAGGAGCGGCUGCCGCAGGCAAGCGUCGCACGGUCCUGAUCGCCACCAUGGAGUACGACAUUGAGGACUGGGCUAUUAAGAUCAAAAUCGGUGGUCUUGGUGUCAUGGCACAGCUUAUGGGUAAGACGCUAGGUCACCAGGACCUUAUUUGGGUUGUUCCUUGCGUCGGAGGUGUUGACUAUCCUGUUGAUACUCCCGCGCCGCCCAUGACUGUCACUAUCCUCGGCAAUGCCUACCAGGUCCAGGUCCAAUACCACGUCUUCAACAACAUUACCUACGUCCUCCUCGAUGCACCAGUCUUCCGCCAACAAUCGAAGUCUGAGCCUUACCCUGCUCGUAUGGAUGAUCUUGACAGUGCGGUUUAUUACUCUGCUUGGAAUCAAUGUAUUUCAGAAGCGAUCAAGCGAUUUCCAAUCGAUCUUUACCACAUUAAUGAUUAUCACGGCUCUCUUGCACCCCUCUACCUCCUUCCCGAAACGAUCCCCGCCUGUCUCUCACUCCAUAACGCUGAGUUCCAAGGUCUGUGGCCGAUGCGCACACAAAAGGAGAAGAAGGAGGUCUGUUCCGUUUUCAACCUAGAUAUCGACGUUGUCCGUUCCUACGUCCAGUUCGGUGAAGUGUUCAAUCUUCUUCAUGCAGGUGCCAGUUACCUCCAUGUCCACCAGCAGGGUUUCGGUGCUGUCGGUGUCUCCAAGAAGUACGGAAAGCGUUCAUACGCACGUUACCCUAUUUUCUGGGGUCUGCGUAAGGUUGGCAACCUGCCUAACCCGGAUCCAUCGGAUGUUGGCGAGUGGACAAAGGACAGCUUGCCCAAGGAUAGCGAUAUACAGGUUGAUCAGGACCUCGAGGCAGGCCGUGCCGAGCUCAAGAGACAGACGCAGGAAUGGGCCAGACUGGAGCAGAAUCCAGACGCGGAUCUGCUUGUGUUCGUUGGCCGCUGGUCUAUGCAGAAGGGGGUUGACUUGAUCGCUGAUGUCAUGCCAGCCGUACUCGAGGCGCGCCCGAAUGUCCAGCUAAUCUGUGUUGGUCCUGUCAUUGAUCUCUACGGUCGAUUCGCAGCAUUGAAACUUGACCGUAUGAUGAAGAUGUAUCCUGGUCGUGUUUUCUCUCGACCCGAGUUUACUGCACUUCCGCCUUAUAUCUUCUCUGGUGCUGAAUUCGCCCUGAUCCCAUCCCGUGAUGAGCCCUUUGGUCUGGUUGCUGUCGAGUUCGGCCGUAAAGGUGCCCUUGGUAUUGGUGCUCGUGUCGGUGGAUUGGGACAGAUGCCUGGUUGGUGGUACAAUGUCGAAUCUGUGUCAACAUCACAUCUGCUCGUGCAGUUCAAGCUCGCUAUUGAAGCUGCGCUCAACUCCAAGACAGAAACUCGUGCCAUGAUGCGUGCUAGAUCCGCCAAACAGCGGUUCCCGGUUGCCCAGUGGGUUGAGGAUCUGGAGAUCCUGCAGUCGACUGCUAUCCAGAUGCACAAUAAGGAAGCCGCCAAGGGUCAUAAUCGCCCUGUGACACCCUCUAUCACUUCGACACCUACUGAAGCCCUGCCGCUGUUUGGCCGUCCUAACAGCCCAAGGAAUCUUUCUGUCCCACAUUCCCGGGAAGGCAGUUACUCGAACCUCAACCUUCUGAGCGACAUCGGUACAGUCGCCCAGCGAUACGAGACUAUUUACAGUCGGGAUCCUAGUUCCAGCGAAGCAUCGCAGCCGUCCGGGUUGCAGCGGUCACUGUCGCUCGGUGUCAGAUCCGGUCCUGGUCAUUUAUCGAAGCGUGGCCGUGGCCGUGGUAGACCGCACGCAGAAAACAUCCCGGGGGGCGACGAGAACGCCUCGCACCAGAGUGAUAAGGAUGACAGUGAUACCGAUUCCAUCCUCAGCUCCUACAGUGAAGAGUAUACUCUUGGCCCGUCUCAAAUUGAACAGAGUAGACAGGCUCAAGCUGCUCAGCGAUCGGGUGCCCGUGUUGUAUCAUCGCCUCGACGGAAUAGCCAAGAUUCAUUGCAUCCACCCCCAUACGCCAUGUCUCCGAUGAGCCCUAGCACGCCACCAGUGGCCAAGGAUAGCCUCCUGCCCCCGCCGAAGCCUUUUGCUGAACCUGGCAAUCGACUAAGUAGCACGUCCGUCUUGUCACUUGACUCUGUCGUCGGUAACAAGAAGGACUUCAAGCUGCAGAAGGUCGACCCCUUCUUCACCGACAGCAAUGGCACGUAUCACAAGGAGUUCGAAAAGCGACUAGAAGGUUUGAAUGGAUCAAACUCCGAGUCCCAGCUCUGUAUCGAAAAGUUCCUUAUCAAGUCUGAGAGGCAAUGGUUCGAUAAGUUCCGCGAUGCAAGACUCGGUCGUAUCAAAUCACCCACCCCAUCAAUCUUCCGCUACAAGCACAAUGCCUCUCCUGCCGAUUCUAUGUAUAUGGACGAUGCCUCCCGUGAGAGUGGCCACCAGUUCCAGGAUGAUGACGAAGAGGACGAUGAGUUCUUGCUCGGAAAGGACUACGUCCCGCCCACUGGACUGAAGAAGUGGAUGCAAAUUAAGAUUGGUGACUGGCCAAUCUACACCCUCUUCUUGGCUCUCGGUCAGAUCAUCGCUGCAAACUCGUACCAGGUUACACUCCUUACAGGUGAAGUCGGUGAAACUGCUGAGAAGCUGUAUGGAAUUGCCACGACAUAUGCCAUUUCCUCGGCCUGUUGGUGGCUUGUCUUCCGAUAUUUCAAGUCUAUGGUCUGUCUCUCGGCUCCCUGGUUCCUCUACGGUAUUGCGUUCCUGCUCAUCGGUUCCGCUCGCUGGGAGCCGGUCUCCUUCACCCGUGGCUGGAUCCAGAAUGUCGGUAGUGGAUUUUACGCGGCUGCUUCGUCGAGCGGUUCGAUUUUCUUCGCUUUGAACUUUGGUGACGAAGGUGGUGCCCCCGUCAAGAAGUGGAUCUUCCGCGCGUGUGUUAUCCAGGGUAUCCAGCAAGUGUAUAUCAUUGCUCUGUGGUACUGGGGUUCCACCUUGACGAAGGCUGCCAGCGAGGGCCUUUUGGCUGCUGACAACCAGAUUUCCAACACAUGGAAGAUGACCGCCAUUUGUUACCCCAUUGCCAUAUUUCUGUGGGCCAUUGGUAUCCUCCUGAUACUUGGUCUUCCCAACUACUACCGUCAAACUCCUGGCAAGGUGCCUUCGUUCUACAAGUCUCUCUUCCGACGCAAGAUCGUCCUUUGGAACUUCGUGGCUGUCAUCUUGCAGAACUUCUUCCUUAGUGCCCCCUACGGCCGCAACUGGAGCUUCCUCUGGACCUCCAUCCAUACCCACGCAUGGCAGAUUGUCAUGCUCUGCGUUAUCUUCUUUGGUCUCCUCUGGAUAGCCUUCCUCUACCUCGUCAGCCAAUUCUCCAAGCAACACAGCUGGUUCCUACCCGUCUUUGCCUGCGGGCUUGGAGCCCCCCGGUUCAUUCAAAUCUGGUGGGCAGUCUCAGGCAUCGGUUACUUUCUCCCGUGGGCAGCUGGGGGAUAUAUCGGCGGUGCCCUGGUAUCCAGAAGCCUCUGGCUCUGGCUAGGCAUCUUAGACUCAAUCCAGGCCCUUGGGUUCGGAAUUAUCCUCUUACAAACCCUAACCCGCAUGCACAUGCUCUUUACCCUUAUCGUCUCACAAAUCCUAGGUUCAAUAGCCACCAUCUGCGCCCGAGCCUUUGGUCCAAACAAUGUAGGCCCCGGGCCGAUCUCUCCUGACAUUACGAAGGGGGCGGACUCGGUGGCUAAUGGCUGGUUCUGGAUUGCACUGUUCUCUCAGUUGUUGGUGUGGUAA